AUGGAGACCCACCACAAUAACAACGGCUUGUCGUCGUUGGAGGGUAAAGCCGGCUCAUCCAGCAACGAGCAUGGCAGCAACAAUUCCUUGGACGAUGCUGUGGGCAAGUUACUACAAGGAUACGAUUGGACACUACUUCCGGUGACUUCGCGCGCCGGCGGGCGAAGAAGCGCCCACGUGAAGCGUCCGAUGAACGCCUUUAUGGUGUGGGCGCAGGCGGCAAGGCGAAGACUGGCCGACCAGUAUCCGCAAUUGCACAACGCCGAGCUGUCGAAGACGCUGGGAAAAUUGUGGAGGAUUCUGAGCGACGGCGAGAAACAACCGUUCAUCGAGGAGGCCGAGAGGCUGCGGAACGCGCACAAGAAGCAGCAUCCGCAUUACAAGUAUCAACCUCGUCGUAGGAAGCCGAAGUCGGACGAUCAGAUGGGCAUAAUCGUGCACAGGGGCGGACUUCCGUCACCAGGAACCUCUCUGGACUCCCCGGCCGGCUCCUCGGACUGCACCUACGCCCGCCUGUACCCGGACGCCGGCGGGAAGACGUACGAGCGGUCGGCAGCCUACCACGAACCGAAGUCCAGCGCCUACGACCUAGCUCGACCGGUCUGGGUCAACGAGACGGUUGCCAAGUAUCCCGCCGCUGAUCAUCCUAACAAGCCGACGUACGAAACGACGGCCAGAAGCUACGCCGAGGCGAAAUGCCACGAGGUCGCCAAGUACCAUCACGAUAUGACCGGUACCAAGUACCACCACGAGAUGGUCGGUACCAAGUACCAUCAUCACCACGAAUCGUCGGCAACCAAGUACCCGGAUCUGCAGUCUAAAUCUUACGAUCUGCCAAAGUACCCGGAGGCCAAGGGAUACCCGGAUGGGCUGAAGUACUCCGCGGAGAUGAGCAGCGGCGCGGCCGCCGCUGCGGCCGCUGCUGUUGCUAAGGCGCCCUACGCUUGUGUACAUGGACAAUAUUACCCUACCGCGGAGGGAUAUGCCGUACACGGCGAGGAGAACGACUAUCAACCGCAGAGUGUGUCGUCGCAUCCCUCUUUUUACCCCUACAUAUCGGCAUCCAUGGCGCAACCGCCGUACUACAUGGGACCGCGAUAGAGGAUGCGAGACCGAAGAUGGGAGGCGACGCGAAAUAAUUCUUGGAGAUUUUCACGAGGUUGACUGAGAUUGAGCGGUGCAUAUCAAGCAAAGUAAAAUCAUAGACCAUUGCCAAUCGGAUAGAAAACUAUUUGGAUAAAUUUGGUUGAGGUCAUCUGAUGAAUGAAACCAAGAUCGCGUCAUCUUCCCCCUUUGACUGCGAGUCGUGUUUUACUCGAGUUUUGAUAUAACGCAGAAAUUUUAUGGCAUGCGUGCGUGCGUGUGUGUGUGUGUGUGUGUGUGUGUGUGUGUGUGUGUGUGUGUGUGUGUGUGUGUGUGUGUGUACGUGUGCUUGAUAAACUUUGUGCGUAUACGAUCGUCCGUUAGCGAUCUGUCGAGAUUCUUAAUUCAAUUGAAUAUCGCGCGCUUAAUGAAACUCCUUAAAGUACUUAAACGAUAGCGGUUGUUGUACUUAAUGACGUCAAAUUGAUAAAUUAUAUUCUAUAGAGCAAGAUACCCUCUCGAUUCGAUCUCUCUCUUUCUGUAACUUUCUUUUUUUAAUUUAUUCUUCUCUGUAAACUCCGUGACACAAUACAUAUAAAUAAAACAGUUCUAUUAUCUAAGUAUUCUUGAGUUAUUAUGGUUCGGAUGAGUUUUAGUUGUUCAAGGCUAUUUGCAAAAAAAGUCGACAGAUAAUAUUUUAAAUAAACAUUUAAGAAAACUUACGAGAAGACUUGUAAAUUA